AUGCGCCACGUUUUCUCGCUCGCGGUCUCUGUGGCCGCUCUCAUUGCCGUCUGCAGUAGCUUUGGCCGCGCGGAGAUCGCCAGCAACGAGGACGACGCGCCGAACGAGCCCCCUAGGAACCUGACCCGCGUCGUGCACAACCUCGCGGCCCACUUGAAAGCGGAAGCGGAUUCCGAAACGCCGUCAGCUCCAGACGAAGAACGACUUAGUUUUGAGUUCCUGAAAACUUUCGCUGCGCGGAUUCGAGGCAAAUCAGUCACAGGAGCUGUGGAAGAAACGGCGACGAAGGCGCAGGCGCUGUCGCGGUCGGCCUCGCUGUCCAAGUCGGCGAAGGCGGCCGAGGCGAACCCCGCGCCCCAGUUUACCAAGCAAGAAAUAGAAGCAGGAACGAAAGCAAUGGCGGACGUGCCACUGACCAAGUGGGGCAAAUUCCUCAUGGGCCUCAAGAUCCUUGCCGGCGCGGGCUUUGCGUGGGCCGUCGCUGCGUCUGUGUACGCAAUGGGUUCGGCGUACACUAUUAGACUGCUGCAGGACAAAGGGACUCGAGCACACACGUUCCUACUGCUCGCUGUGGUCGCAGGCGCCGACUCGUUUUUCGUCAGCUUUGAAGCAGUGGACGACAGGAGAGCAUUCGUGCAGAUGGAGUUUAUGAUGGCCGAUGACGUGUAG